AUGUCUGCACUCUUUCCCCGUGCAGCUUCUCGAGCUCUCCGCUCCUCCGUCCGCCCAGCGCUGCGUGCUCAGCGCCCCACCGCUACCUUUCGCCGAGGUCUUGCAGUCCCUGCUGAGCAGCCACGCUUGAGGAUUGGAUCAAUUGCGCCUGAUUUUGAUGCGCAAACGACGCACGGCAAGAUCAAGUUCCACGAGUUCCUCAACGGCAAAUGGACGAUUCUGUUCUCUCACCCUGCCGACUUCACCCCCGUCUGUACAACCGAGCUUGGUGCUUUUGCGAAGUUGAAAGAUGAAUUUGAUGCUCGCGGUGUGCAGAUGUUGGGUCUCAGUGCCAACGAUCUCAGCUCCCAUGACCAGUGGGUCGAUGACAUCAACGAGACACAGAACACCACCGUAAAGUUCCCCAUCAUCGCCGACGCGGACCGUAAAGUCGCGUUCCUCUACGACAUGAUUGCGCAAGACGAUCUCGACAACAUCAAGGAGAAGGGCAUCGCCUUCACCAUCCGCUCCGUCUUCAUCAUCGACCCUGCCAAGAAGAUCAGGCUCAAGAUGGACUACCCUGCGAGCACUGGCCGCAACACUACUGAGGUUCUGAGGGUCAUUGAUAGCUUGCAGACAGGAGACAAGAAGGGUGUUGUCACACCAAUCAACUGGACUGUUGGUGACGAUGUUAUUGUGCCGCCAAGCGUGAGCACAGAGGACGCCAGGAAGAAGUUUGGAGACGUCAAGGAAGUUAAGCCAUACCUGAGGUUCACCAAUGUUGGCAAAUAA